AUCACCAUCCCACCACUACUCAUUGCUCACCUUCAAUCAAAAUCACAACAACGAUUCUCAAGCAACAUCAUGUGAAAUUCCUAAUCCAACGGCAACUAGUUAUCUCUUCUGUGAGCUUCGGAUUUGCUAUGACAACCUAAGUGCCAAACUUUCUUCGCCGGCGGUUGCUCCAUGCCUCUCUCACAAUCGGACAUAAAUAGAAGAAAUAGAAGGCAAAACUCUUUGGGGGUAUGGCGAUGGAGAGCUUUGUCAAUCAGUGAAGGGGAUUACAGAGAAGGCGCAGGGAAAGAGAGAAAAUUGACGGAAGGCGCAGAGGAUUGGAGGGAGAUAGGAUGGGGGAAAGAUAGAAGGCGUAGAUCGACGGACUCGGCAAACGAGUAAGGUCACUUUUGUGUCUAGACAAAAAGUAGUCAUUUUUUUGUCCAUCUAAACUCUCUAAGCGAUAUUUUUGUAAUUGUUUCAAUUAUCAAUAUUAGCGGGGAAAAAAUGAAAGUUGUCAAAGUUAUAAGUGACAAGAGAGUAUGAUAUUAAAAUUAGGAGUAUCUACAUGGCUAGUUAUAGUUGCACUAAACUCGUUUUAUGGUUAGCGAUUCAUAUCAUUCUUUCAAUGAUCGUUUUUAUGUCAAAUUUUAGAGCUUGUAAUCGUAUUUGAUGGAGGAUAAUGAUACUUAGUAAUGGGUUUCUCGUAACAAUCGUGAUUCAAAUUAUAUCAAUAUAAGUUAUUUCUAAUAAAAAAUGCCAAGAAAAUACUCUGUAUAAUUUGAUUCGUUAGAUCAUCUCGAAUGCUUCAAUAUAGACGAUGCACAUGUGACUUGAGAGAGAUAGACACAUGAAUAUUAAUGAGUAAUAUAACUCUCCUUGUUUAAAUGUCUCAUAUCUUCUCGGUAAUUGUUUCUCAUCAUUGUUAAGACGAAUGUCUAGAUUUAGAUAUUAUUGUUGACAUCAUUCUAAAAAGUAAUGAAAAUUAUGUAAAACAGCGAAAAAAGAAAGAGAAAACAUGAAUGAUUUAUUUUUGUAUUUCUAUUUCUCUUGAGUUAAUACGGUGUAUUGUAAAAGAGAAAAGGAACAUGAAGUGAGAAAAAGGGUGCGGUGACCAAUGAGCUCCCGCGACUUGUAGAAUGCUCUAGAACCAUGUCACCAUGUCUGGGUGAGUAACCCCAAGUUCACCCGAGAGGCUUCUAGACUCUUCAGCCGAAUCCAGCAUCAAACAGUGAAAUCCUCAACAUCGAAUCCCAGCCGUCCAUGCGCGCUAUAAAGUCUCCAAUCAUCAUAAUCUUGCAUUCCAGCCUUCCAGGAGUCUCAUUUCUGCUAAUCUUUGAAUUUGAAGAGGAAGAGUAAGAAGCUUGAAAAUGUUCGGAAGAGGACCAAAGAAGAGCGACAAUACGCGGUACUAUGACAUUCUGGGCGUCUCCAAGAACGCAAGUGUGGAUGAAAUAAAAAAGGCCUAUCGUAAAGCCGCCAUCAAGAACCACCCUGAUAAGGGCGGUGAUCCUGAAAAGUUCAAGGAGCUUGCACAAGCUUACGAGGUUCUGGGCAAUCCAGAGAAGCGGGAGAUAUACGAUGAGUAUGGGGAGGAUGCGCUGAAGGAAGGAAUGGGCGGUGGUGAAGGAAUGCAAGACCCAUUUGACAUCUUCCAGUCUUUCUUUGGUGGCGGAAGCCCUUUCGGAGGUAAUUCAGUAGCUGAUUUUACUUGAAAUGUGUGGCAUUCAUCGAAUUUGAUCAAAAAAAUGGUGAACAGGUGGUGGUAGCGGCAGAGGAAGAAGGCAGAGGAGAGGAGAUGACGUGAUUCAUCCGAUGAAGGUCUCUCUCGAGGAUCUCUACAAUGGAACAACCAAAAAGCUCUCCCUCUCCCGCAAUGUGAUUUGCUCAAAGUGCAACGGAAAAGGGUCGAAAUCGGGAGCUUCAACGAAGUGUGGCGGUUGCGAAGGUUCCGGAAUGAAGGUUACGAUCCGCCAACUGGGGCCGAGCAUGAUCCAGCAAAUGCAGCAGCCGUGCAACGAAUGCAAAGGCACUGGGGAGACCAUCAGGAAAGACGAUCGCUGCCAGAUCUGCAAAGGCGAGAAGGUGGUCCAGGAGAAGAAGGUUCUCGAAGUUCAUGUCGAAAAGGGGAUGCAGAACAGGCAGAAGAUCACCUUCCCCGGAGAAGCGGACGAAGCGCCCGAGAUGAUAACCGGAGAUGUCGUUUUCGUUCUCCAACAGAAAGAGCAUCCAAAGUUCAAGAGAAAAGGCGACGAUCUGUUCGUGGAUCACACGCUCUCGCUCACCGAAGCUCUGUGCGGAUUCACAUUUAUCCUCACGCACCUGGACGGAAGGCAGCUCCUGAUCAAAUCCAAGCCUGGAGAAGUAGUCAAACCAGACGAAUUCAAAGCUAUCAACGACGAAGGAAUGCCGGCGUACCAGAGACCGUUCAUCAAAGGAAAACUGUACAUCCGUUUCGUUGUGGACUUCCCUGAUUCGCUGAGCCAGGAACAGGUUGAGCUGUUAGAGGCGAUCCUCCCGCCGAGGCCGAAUCCGCUGUAUUCUGAGACGGAGAUUGAUGAAUGUGAAGAAACGACCUUACACAAUGUUAACAUCGAAGAGGAGAUGAGAAGGAAGCGCGAAGAGGCGGCUUACGAGGAGGAUGAUGAUAACCAUGCGCAUGGUGGGGCCCAGAGAGUUCAAUGUGCUCAACAAUAGAGAAACUACUUCUUCUUAAUACUGUAGAUUGUUUUGAGAUUUCACUCCAUCCCUUGGAAAGGUAUCAUGAAAGCUGGCAAUGAAAAAAGCAAAAUGAUAAGUCCAUCCUUUUUGUGUAUGCUCAGCCUUCUUUUUUGAGUUUUCUAGUCAAACAUAGAGAAUAUAAUAGAGAUCUUGUUCAUAUUAUUUUGGUGUUUUCAAUAAAUAUUUCAUACUCAAA